GUCUCGAAAACCUCGUCGCGUAAAAAUGACGACACGCAUUUCAAUAUGGCUGCCUCGUAAGCACGCUCCUGUAAAAAAGUUAUAAGAGCUCCGUCAGCGUCCCGCAUCACCACAGAUCUGCUCUGCCACGGUGGGUGGGAUCGUAUCAGCUUGCUGCUGCCCUGCCUUCAAAGCCUGUCAGGGAUCCGUCUGGCCCGGUUUUGGCACCUUUUUGGAUAUCUGUUGGUCUCUGGAGUCAUGGCAGCGACUCGUCUGAUCCGACUACGUCCGCUGCUGUGCCGGUCCCUGGUGCCACCGCUCAUGUGUCCCCCCGUGGCCUCCGCCAGGGUCGGUGCCCCACCUCCGCUCCGCCCUGCCGCAUGGGCACGACUCUAUGCCACCAAGAAGGCUAAAGCCAAGGCCAAGGCACAGUCGUCAAAGGGGAACAUUAGCGCCGCCCUGGUGGAGGACAUCAUCAGCCUGCCUGACGUGAAGGAGGACAUGACAGCCGUUCUUACUGCGCUUCAGGACGACUUCACACGCAACCUGAGCAUCCGAACCUCACCAGGGGCUCUGGACCACAUUGUGGUGUCAACGCAAGAUGGGAAGUUCCCCCUCAACCAGCUGGGUCAGGUCUCCAUGAAAUCCCCUCAGAUCAUCCUGGUCAACAUGAGCAGCUUCCCUGAGGCUACAGCGGCGGCCGCCCGUGCCCUGAGAGAGAGUAGCAUGAACCUCAACCCUGAGGUGGACGGGACAAUCAUCAAGGUGCCCGUCCCCAAGGUGACCCGUGAGCACAGAGAGAACCUCGCCAAGACGGCCAAGCAGUUGAGCAACAAGGCCAAAGAGGCGUUGAGGAGGGUGCGCUCCAGUGCCGUGACGCAGGUGAAGAAGGCCAAGGAGGGACACUCGGAGGACACCAUACGGCUGGUGGAGAAAGAGAUUCAGCGGAUGGCGGACGACGUGUCGGCAGACAUCGACAAACACCUGGCGGUGAAGACCAAGGAGCUGUUGGGGUGAAAAACACACACGCAGACAAACGGAAUCAUCCAUGUUGAUAUUCAACAGCAGAAAUGUGUGGGGGGUCCCCCCGCCCCAUCGCCAUCUACCGGCCUGGCGUGCACAUUGCAGUGUUUGUACGAAGUAUAUCUUCACAUGAAGAAGGAAAUAGCUAGCACUCUUCCUGUCUUAAAAUAAACACAGCUCUUGGCGACAAAUGGCUUUUUAAUGGGAUUCGUGGGCUUCCUCCGUGGCAAACCUCUUGCCACAAGGGCUGUCUAUUUAGAUAAAACAAACGCACCCGGCUGCCAGCUUUUUGUCUUGGUGGAAAAAGGCCAACGUUAUGGUCAACACAAAGCUUUGCUUCACACGCACGCACACACACACACACACACACAUAGUACUAUUACAUCUCCAUCACAGGCUUAUUGAUGGACUCACAACCGCUUUGUAGUGUGUGUGUGUGUGAGAGAUAGAUGGCUUUUUAUUUUCUUUUUCUCCACUUUCAGUUUGAAGCCCCCCCCCCAUUAGUUGGAGUGAUAAUGGACUUUUCCUGUGUGCACGGUACCACAAUGGUCCAUUAGCGGACUUAACAAAGUGAAUGUCGCCGGCUAGUCUUUGUUUUGAAUUUGCACUUAGUUCCCGUUCCAGUUCUAAGUUAGUUAGUUUUUAUUUUUACAAAGGUAAGUAUUGGCAGGGAACUGACAUUAUUAAUUAUUAUUGUUAGUAUUAGUAUUAUUAUGUAUAAGUGGUAAGUAAGUAUUUGAUCCCCCUUACAAAGAUAUGAACAGUCCAGAAUUUCUAUGCAAAUUUGAUGUGCCUGUGAUAAGUCCCAAGUGUCUUGUAGGACCGGUCUGGUCUCUGCUUGGGUCUCCAUCCGUCCCCCCCGACGUGCUUGUUAAACCUUCAGACUGAGAGCACGGCUCCUUCUGGCCCACAGCACAGUGGCACCUCGGAGUUGUACCAUACCCCUGUGUCCAGUAAUGAAGGAGACAUUAUCAGACAUCUUUUUGGUAUGGAUAUCACACGGGCAAUAGGUCUGAAGAACCAGAUUUGACCGUCAAAGACCAGGUCUCCUGGGCGUCGCCUCCCAAACCACAUUGCACUGUGGCUCGGGCAUCUAGUCCGGAUGCCUCUCUGGGAGGAGUUCUGGGCAUGCCAUAAACAAGCUUGUAGACCUAUCCAAGACUGGGAUGGACUAUAAGACCAUGAACAAGCUUGUAGACCUAUCCAAGACUGGAAUGGACUAGAAGACCAUGGAAUGGACUAGAAGACCAUGGAAUGGACUAGAAGACCAUGGAAUGGACUAGAAGACCAUGGAAUGGACUAGAAGACCGUGGAAUGGAGUAGAAGGCCAUGAACAAGCUUGUAGACCUAUCCAAGACCAUGAACAAGCUUGUAGACCAAUCCCAAGACUGGAAUAGACCAGAAUACCACGAACAAGCUUGUAGACCUAUCCAAGACUGGGAUGGACUAGAAGACAAUAAACAAGCUUGUAGACCUAUCCAAGACUGGAAUGGACCAGAAGACCACGAACAAGCUUGUAGACCUAU